UUUUCAAAACCAGAACAAAUAGAAAAACGAGGAAAAUUGUCUUAACUCUAAUAUCGUGUUAGAUUCACCCACUGACUCAGCCGCGUUUUUUUAUUUUUUCUUCCUAUCGUAGUGAAAAUUUUCUGGUUUUUUUUUUCGAGUUAAGACCCUCAAACAAGAAGAUGAUGAUGAUGAACAAGAACUGGAAGUUUGUAAGACUAAGACAAGAGUUUCAAGUUGGUGUUUUGCUGCUUUUAUUAUGUCAAAGUUUGGCUUGUUGGUCGUUGAAUGAAGAAGGAUUUGCUUUGUUGAGACUAAGAGAGAGAGUGGUGAAUGAUCCAUUUGGUGCUUUGUGGGCUUGGAAGGAAGAAGAUGGAGAGAUUAACCAUUGUUCUUGGUUUGGUGUCGAGUGCUGUGAUGGCAAAGUUAUUGCUUUGAAUUUGAAAGAUCUUUGUCUUGAAGGAACGCUGGCACCUGAGCUUGGAACUCUAAUUCAUAUUAAGUCUAUUAUCUUGCGGAACAACUCUUUUACCGGAACUAUCCCCGAAGGGAUCAGCGAACUGAAGGAAUUAGAGGUGUUAGACUUGGGAUACAAUAAUUUCAAUGAAUCGCUUCCAUCUGGACUCAGCAGCGAUCUCUCCUUAACAAUCCAGAACAGUGACCGAUCUGAAGGUGCAGUGCUAAGGAAAUUGCUGCAAGAAACGGCAAACACUUCUGCAAAGUCACCAAAAGCUCCAACUCAUCCUGCAUCUUCUGAACUGUCCACAAAUAGUACAUAUUUAAGGGAUGCUCCUGUUCCACGACCUCCCCCCUCUCCUGUUCCACAACCUCCCUCUGCUCCUGCUUCUAAACCUUCUGGAAAUGAUACAGUACCUAAUACUUCUGCUCCAUCACCGUCGGGAAGCAAUCCUUCUAUUUCUGACUCUAAGUCAAGUCAUGAAGCAGCAAUACUAGUCGGAAGCAUAGGGGGUGGUACAUUUCUUCUAAUAUUAAUAAUCAUUGCCUAUCUUUUGAAAACUUACAAGGUAUCUACUGUGAAACCUUGGGCCACAGGGCUAAGUGGACAACUUCAGAAAGCAUUUGUAACUGGUGUACCAAAGCUGAAGCGAUCAGAGCUUGAAGCAGCCUGCGAAGAUUUCAGCAAUGUAAUUGGUUCUACAAUGAUUGGGACGGUGUACAAAGGGACACUGUCUAAUGGAGUUGAAAUAGCUGUGGUCUCUGUUCCAGUUGAAUCUACCAAAGAUUGGUCGAAGAGUUUAGAAACACAAUUCAGGAAGAAGAUUGACACAUUAUCAAAGGUCAACCACAAAAAUUUUGUUAACCUUCUUGGAUAUUGUGAGGAAGAUAAUCCUUUCACUAGGAUGUUGGUUUUUGAAUAUGCUCCAAAUGGCACUCUCUUUGAGCAUUUACACAUUAAAGAAUCUGAGCAUUUGGACUGGGCUAUGAGGUUGAGAAUUAUAAUGGGCAUGGCUUACUGCCUCGAGCACAUGCACCAGCUAAACCCACCCGUACCCCAUAACAACCUGUCGUCCUCAGCUGUCAGUCUAACAGAAGAUUAUGCUACCAAAAUCUCAGAUUCAUGUUUCUGGAAUGAGUUGACUGCAUCAGACAGGGAAGCAGACGGAAUAAACCUUUCGGAUACCACAAUGGCAAGCCUAGAAAGUAACGUAUAUACCUUUGGCGUAUUAUUAUUUGAAAUAGUAACGGGCAGGAUGCCUUACUUGGUGGAUAAUGGUUCAUCUGAGGACAUGGCAUCAGACUAUUUGAGAAGGGAGCAAGCCCUCAUAGAGAUGGUCGAUCCUACUCUAAACUCUUUCGACAAGGACCAAUUUGACCUGAUCGGGGAGGUCAUAAAAUCUUGCAUCGACCCUGAGCCUGGACACAGACCGGAUAUGAGAGGAGUCAGUGCAAGAUUGAGAGAGAUUACUGCAAUCACUCCUGAUAAUGCGAUCCCCAAACUUUCUCCUCUUUGGUGGGCAGAGCUUGAGAUCAUGUCUACUGAAGCAAGCUAGAGGCUGAACUUGACGUUGCAAGUAAGAAACUUGGAUGUUUUUUUCUUGUUCUUCAUGUCAGUGCAGAGGCAAAAAUAAGUUUGCCUGUAGGUUGGUACUGGUUGUAUUUAUUUCAAGGUAAUGGAAAGUUUGUUGUAUAUAUUCGAGAGAGAAAAUGUGGUCCUUUGUUUUGGGCCAUCAGUGUGAAAAUACAUAACAGAAAGGCAUAAUGGCAAUCCUCUUGAUUUCUA